AUGGUGAAGAAAGAAGAAGAACACGAGCAUCUCGGUGUGUUAGGUUACAAGGUAAGGUCAUCGAGAUCACAAGAGGUUGCUUUGAAACUCAAGCAGUUAGAGGCGAUGAUGGGUAAUGUUCAACAAGAUGGUUUAGCUCACUUCGCGAUGGAUACUGUUCACUACCAGUGGAACCUCAUGAUUGGCGGAGUCAUAAGAACAACAAUAACGACAACAACUGCUAGUGCGUCAAGACCUGUAAUCCUAGUCGAUACGCAAAACAACGGUGUACAUCUAGUCCACUCGCUUAUGGCCUGUGCUGAAGCCAUAAAGAACAGCAAGUUUACUAUAGCCGAAGCUCUGGUUAAGCAGAUUGGGUUCUUAGCUGUGUCCCAAGCCGGAGCCAUGAGGAAGGUUGCUACGUACUUCGCCAACACUCUCGUGCGGUGGAUCUACCGUCUGAGGGUUAAUUUAGCAAACCAUACACACUAA